UCGGUCGAGGGCGCGUUACUGCCGGCAUUGAAGACGCCAUCACUGCUGAUCCAGGAAGGAGUGAGGCAUCAAAUUCGGUCCAUAGUCAUAUUUUAUUGUAUUUUUUUUUAUUUAUUAGAGUAUUCAUUUGUUAACCUCGUUCGUUAAAAAAUGCCCGGAUAUUCUGACAGAGACCAAAACCGCGACCGAAGGGGUUAUGGCAACAGUUACAGCAGCGGCCCUCCGCGGUUUGGUGGGAGUCGAAAUGGUCCACCUUCCGGGAAGAAGUUCGGCAGUCCCGGAGACAGGCUGCGCAAGAAACACUGGAACCUGGACGAGCUGCCCAAAUUCGAGAAGAACUUCUACCAAGAGAACCCGGAUGUAGCGCACAUGUCCUCGCAAGAAGUCGAACAGUACAGGAGGAGCAAAGAGAUCACAGUCAAAGGGAGAGACUGCCCCAAACCGACGAUUAGAUUCCAUGAAGCAAACUUCCCAUCCUAUGUCAUGGACGUGAUUAAUAAACAGAACUGGACUGAACCAACUCCAAUCCAAUCUCAGGGGUGGCCACUGGCACUAAGUGGUAAAGACAUGGUUGGCAUUGCCCAAACUGGAUCUGGGAAAACUCUUUCGUAUUUGCUCCCUGCUAUUGUGCACAUAAACCACCAACCAUUCCUGGAGCGUGGUGACGGACCAAUCUGCCUGGUGUUGGCUCCCACUCGUGAGUUAGCCCAACAAGUCCAGCAGGUUGCAGCAGAAUACGGCAAAGCUUCUCGUCUCAAGUCCACCUGCAUCUAUGGAGGUGCUCCCAAAGGACCACAGAUUCGUGACCUGGAGAGAGGGGUCGAGAUCUGCAUCGCUACUCCAGGAAGGCUUAUUGACUUCCUGGAAGCCGGAAAGACAAAUCUGCGCAGGUGCACGUAUCUGGUGCUGGAUGAGGCUGAUAGAAUGUUGGAUAUGGGCUUUGAACCUCAAAUCCGCAAAAUUGUUGACCAGAUCAGGCCGGACAGACAGACUCUGAUGUGGAGCGCUACCUGGCCCAAAGAGGUGCGUCAGCUGGCUGAGGACUUCUUGAAAGAUUACGUCCAGAUCAAUGUGGGAGCUCUGCAGCUCAGCGCCAACCACAACAUCCUACAGAUAGUCGAUGUAUGCAAUGAUGGAGAGAAAGAGGACAAGUUGCUGCGCCUUCUAGAGGAGAUCAUGAGCGAGAAAGAGAACAAGACCAUAAUUUUUGUGGAAACUAAGAGGCGGUGUGAUGACCUCACAAGAAGGAUGCGCAGGGAUGGAUGGCCUGCAAUGGGUAUACAUGGAGACAAAAGCCAGCAGGAGAGAGACUGGGUGCUCAAUGAAUUCAAGUUUGGCAAAGCACCCAUUCUCGUUGCUACUGAUGUGGCAUCGAGAGGUCUGGAUGUCGAGGAUGUCAAGUUUGUAAUUAAUUUCGAUUAUCCCAACAACUCCGAGGACUACAUCCACCGCAUUGGCCGCACAGCCCGGAGCCAGAAAACCGGAACAGCGUACACUUUCUUCACGCCCAACAACUUUAAGCAGGCACAAGACCUUGUGUCUGUCCUCCGUGAAGCCAACCAGGCCAUCAAUCCCAAACUCAUCCAGAUGGCAGAAGACAGAGGAGGUCGUUCAAGGGGCGGGAGAGGUGGCGGGUAUAGAGAUGAUCGCAGGGAUCGUUACUCCGGAGGCAGACGGGAUUAUAACUACAGCAAAGACAGUCACAGCAGCGACCGCAGUUACGACAGUGGACCAAAGAAACCCUUCAGUAGCCAGACACAGAAUGGGGCAACAUACAGUAAUGGGGCCAGCAAUUACAUUGGAACCAGCAGUAAUGGCUUUAAUGGGGCAUACAAUGGACAGUCCAGCUUUAAUAGCAAUCAGGCUGGUAGCUUCAGUAAUCAGGGUUUUCAGAACAAACCGUUCCAAGGUGCGAGCCAGGGAGCUGCUCAGAAUGGUGUAAAUCACAAUGCACAGUUUCCCUUCACCCCUCAGCAGCAGUCCAUGCAACCCAUGAUGCCCUUUUCCAUGCCCCCUCCUAACUUCCCCUAGAUAAAUUUGUGCACACCUGCAAAUGCACAGUAUAAUUUAUUGCCUUGCGUAACUUCUAUAUUUCAUGUUAUGACUGUUAAUGUUCCUCCCUGUAAAAAUUUAUGACUGGUUUUCCAUCUUCAUGUCUUGAAGUCUGCAGUAGUGAAGAUGCACUUUUUUUGGGGAUUUUUUUUUAUAUAUAAAUAUAUAUUCCAUUAUGCUCAUACUUUUCACUACUUUUUUUGUACAAGUUUCAAACAUUUAUAACUUUACACCUGUAAAGAUAUCUGGGCCAUUACAUGGCCCUUAAAUAAAGAACAUAAAACCCCA